AGCAGCCAUUGUCAAGAUCACUUCCGCUGUCGCGAACGAGGGACGCAUUCACGUUGCCGUCCACAGCCUGUCAAUCCUGUCCUACCGGGCACUCUACUUGAGGAAAACACCUUCUCGUCCUCUUCUUUUGUCACAAUGGCGCACAAAUUCGUCGUCACCGCCUUCCUCACGGGCUCCCGAAUCCUCGGCCGCUCCUUUGUCGCUGCGUACAAGCAGGCCCAGGCCGCCUCGCAAUACCAGCGCCACCAGGCCAAGAUGGGCAACACAUCCGGCGGGGUGUCGCUCGCCUCCGGCAUGACUCUCGACGAGGCAUGCAAGAUCCUCAACGUUAAACCCCCGGCCGGCGGCAACGCCAACAUCGAGGAGGUUCUCGAGCGCUACAAGAGGCUGUUCGACUCCAACGAGCCGGCUAACGGCGGCAGCUUCUACCUGCAGAGCAAGAUUGUGAGGGCAAAAGAGCGGUUCGAGCGCGAGCUCGGCCCCAUGCGGGAGAAGGCCGAGCAGGAGGCUGAAACCAAGGAGGGCUGGAAGCCCAAGGUCUACAAGGACCGGUAGACGGGAAACGACUCUCAACACGAACGAUGACCCCGGUCGACGGUGAACCCUGGCAAAGAAGCAAAUGGAAUGUAGGAUAUGGGCCAGGGAGCACCGCACUGCACCGCAUCACCACACAGGCACAAACCAGACUUGCGGGCUUUGGCUUAGAGGGGGCUCACGGCGACGAGAGUCGCAGGGGAGUUUGGAGCUUCUAUGUGGGAGAGGGGGAUUCUUCCGUGUAUACAUGUACAUCUUCACUCGACUGCAGCAUGGCACGGCGUUUUGGGAUAUCUGGGGGCGCGAUGAGCCGCUGGAGGUUGGUUCUAGAUGAAAAACAAAAGACGACUCGUGAUGUUUUAAUACAAUUGUACCAUAUCAAGACCAACACUGGCACUGGCUGGCAUUUAAGUGAAGUCCACUUCACAGGCAGAUAUCUUCGUGAUUCUCAAG